UUAAGUGUGAGGUGUUUGAUUGGAAGAACGCAGCAGAGGAGGAAGGAUGUCUUGGAGUAACCUCUGAUCAUAUCUGAGCUCCUAAGAAAUUUUCUGUUAUUGCUGGAACUCCUGUGAAGCAGGUGACGUGACCACACCUCUCUGCACACCUGAAGCCGGGACUGCAGCAUGCAGCAACCAGGCCGGCUGAGGCUGAGGCCAUGGCUGGAGGAGCAGAUUCAGUCUGGGAGGUAUCCAGGAGUCAGCUGGCUGGACCAGUCAGCACAAAUUUUCCAAAUCCCAUGGAAACAUGCCGCUCGUCAUGGCUGGAGUAUUGACCGAGAUGCUACACUCUUCAGGAGCUGGGCCAUGCACACUGGACGGUACCGUCCGGGUAAAGACAAACCAGACCCCAAGACAUGGAAGGCAAAUUUCCGCUGUGCCUUGAAUUCCCUGCCUGACAUCUUUGAGCUGCGGGAGCACAGCAGGAAGAGAGGCAGCAACGCUUACAGAGUCUACAGGAUGCUACCCAGCACACAAACACAGAGACGCAGGAGAGGGCUGCGGUUGUUCAGCAGGCCCCGGGAAAGACAGGCAAGUUUAGGUGAUGAUGUACACAUUACGCAUGCUUGGCAACCCACAAGACCCAUUUCAGACACACCACAGAAGGUGGAGACCCUUGCAGAGGACACAUUUGGCAACACGCAAAUGCAUGGGAUUUGGGAGGCCAAACCAGAGGAGCAGGAGCAGAAUGAGGCUGUGUUUAAGUUGAUGGACCACUUAAGCAACACUGACGUUUGGAACCAGACUGGGGAGCAGAGAGGAUGGAGAACGCACACGUUGUGGGACCACUGGCACUGUGCUGAUGAUAACCCCUACUCUCUGCACUCAGAGAACUACAGUGAUCUGUUGGGUCCAAACUACAUCAAAGAGCUCUCCGACUGGUCCACACAUCAACAAACACUGAUGCCGUAGCUGUGGAGCGAACAGCUCACCCACCUACUCUUUGUGUGUCAGCCACAUGUUGAUUAGUUUUACCUUCAGGCUUUCUUUGCUAAACUUCAGCUGAUUUCCUCCUGCUGUCUGUCUGCUGAGCUGACCACUGAAAAAGGGAAACAGGAGAGGGGGAGCGGAUGGAGAAUAUUGCUCCGUCAGUCAGUCGGGCGGUCAUCCUCUCUGCUGAGCAUGCUGAGGUGAAGAUCCUGUUCCAAGCCAAGCUUUACCUCAGUCAUCAUCACUGGGGUUCACUAUGGUUCAGUGCCUCAAACUCACUGACACGACACCAAGCACAAACCACAGCUCACAGAGAAAACAGAUCUCAUUUCGCUUUAGUGCAGGAUCACUUAUUGCUCCUCUGUUUCUUUGAGUGUUACUGGAUGUUUAGCCAACAUACAGUAGAUUAACACUACAACAGUACUACACACUAAGCUGAUUUAAGAUGCAUAUUUUUGUCCUGCAUAUGCAUUUUAUUACAUUUAUGUCUUUAGUUUUCCAAUUUAAAGACCUCUCAGAUACUCAGUGUUGUAUAUUUUUAAUUUUUAGGCAGCAUAUAGUGCAGUUUGUUUUGUGUGAUAUUGUACAACCUGUUUUAUGUUUUUCUAUUUUUAACUAAAGCACAUUACUUUGUCUUUAUAUCUUGUGUGCAUGUGUAUGAACUGAAGGCGGUGGCUGCAUGUCACUUCAAUAAAAUCUAUAACUGGCA